AUGGCUACCGAGAAGCCGUUCUCAUCCACGGACGAUGCGGUAGUCAAGACUGAACCGAUUGUCGAUAUUCCCAAACGACCAGCUUCCAUUGAAGCAUUGCAAGUCUCCGAUGACAAUGGCAGUACCAGCAGCGAGGCUGGACCAGCUGUCCAUGUACCGCGUCGAAUCAAGAUCACCGCCGUCUUGAUCGUUGCCCUGAUCGGCUUCGGUUCGCAUUGGAGCAGUGGUGUCUUGGGAGCGAUGAAGAGUACUCUGAAGAAGGAACUGCACAUCAACAACACGCAAUAUGCCUUGCUGGAAGCGUCCCAAGACUUCAUGGUCACGGCUUUGAUCCUGUUCACUGGUAUCCUGACUGACCGUAUCGGCGGUGCGGGAGCGAUGGUCUGGGGUAACGUGAUUUAUAGUCUUGGAUCCAUCAUAAUUGCUGCUGCAACGACAGUCAGGAGCUAUAAGCUCAUGAUUGGCGGCAUUGUGAUUCAGUCGUUUGGGGAUAUCGCGACGCAGGUCGCUCAAUAUCGGGUCUUCUCGUCGUGGUUCGCGCCAUCGAACGGUUUUGCGGCCACAUUGGGAUUCGAAUUGGGCAUGGGCAAGCUGGGAGGUUUUGUCGGUAAGGCAAGUGCAAAUCCUAUUGCAAAGCGAACCGGAAACUUUGCAUGGGUAUAUUGGACUGCUGUUAUGAUGAACCUUUUCACCAACGCUGCGACGAUUCUUUUCUGGAAAUUCCGAAAGUACACCGAGAAGCAUUAUCCUGACGGCCUCCGGGAUCCCAGCACGGGAGAGAUCCUCAAGGAGAACUCGAAGAAGUUUGAGUUCAAAAAGGUCCUUGAACUGCCAUGGGCAUUCUGGACGAUCCUAUCGUUUUCACUCUUCCAGACUUCGACGGCCGCCGUCUUCAAUGCCAAUGCCACCGAGCUGGCAGAGAAGCGAUUCAAGGUCUCUGCGAUCAAGGCUGGAUGGUAUACCUCGCUCAGUCAGUAUCUGGGAUUCUUCUUGGUGCCGCUUUUGGGCGUGUUUAUCGACCUCUUUGGCAACAGGAUUACAGUGAUGGCGUUCUGCGGCACUGGUAUGUUCAUAUCCAUGGUUCUGGCUGCCUUUGGUCCAUCGAUCUCUGGCACAGCGGCCAGUCUCGGAGUGUAUGCGGUGGCGGUCAGUCUCGGUCCAACAGUCAUUAUCGAUGCCAUUCGGACCAGCAUUUGGCAUCAGGACACUUUCGGGGCAGCUUAUUCGAUCAAAAUCUUGAUCAACAACUCAAUGAACAUCAUUGUUCGAGUUGUGACCGGAGUCAUCCAAGAUCGGGACAAUGACUCCUACGAUCGGGUCGUAUAUGUGUAUGUGGUGCAAGCGGCGGGUGCUGUGGUGGUUGCUGCUCUGCUACUGAUAGGCAGCUGGAUGAGGGUGGAUCUGAAGAGACUGCAGUGGACCAAGAAGGAAAGAUUGCGGAAGGGCGAAGUGAUCAAUGAGCUGCGAAAGGAUUAUGAGGAGGGACUGAGCAAGGAGAAGCACAGGCUCUUCGGGAAGGUGAUGUUCAGCGGACUUUUCGUGUUCAUGCUGGGAGGUUGGUGUGCUUUCUUCUGGGGAGUUGCAACGGGAAACAACCAGUAG